CGAAACUUGUCCUUCGCAGUGAACGCGUGAGUGUAUGCACACUCACAGGCUGCUCCAUGAAUGCGGUUCUUCGGCACCCUUUCCGCGUUCUUGCUCUCGAGUCGUCUGCCGAUGAUACUUGCGCUGCCGUAGUGGACGCCUCCCGUCGUAUCUGGUCCAACGUGGUCUGCCGACAGAACGACCUGCACGAACGGGACGGUGGAAUCCAUCCUUUGAUAGCUCUCCGCGCACACCAACGCAACAUGCCGAGUGCAGUUCAACGGGCACUAAGGGAGGCCAAGCUCGAAAUGUCGGAUAUUGACGGCGUGGCCUUCACCAGAGGCCCAGGACUACCUGGCUGCUUGUCUGUAGCUACGAACGCUGCGAAAACGCUAGCUGCUGCCUGCAACAAACCUCUUGUCGGAGUGCAUCACAUGCAAGCUCAUGCUCUCACAGCGAGCUUGACCUGUGACAUCCCUCCCAAAUUUCCUUUUCUGACACUGCUAGUCAGUGGCGGACAUACUAUGAUUGUCCUCGCAACAUCUCUCACAGGAUUUCGCAUCGUCGCGACGACAGCAGAUAAAAGCAUUGGGUCUGCAAUCGACCGCGUUGUUACUCUCUUGCAGAUAAAAUGGACAUCGCUCGGUCCAGGCGCUGGUCUAGAGAAGUAUUGUGCCGAGCCCGGCGUGGGGUCCGAGGGCCCUGAACCCGAGUACCAUGCCCCGAAUCCAAUGCCGGGCAAACUCGCAUUUUCCUAUGCUGGCUUGCAUUCCUGGGUGGAGCGCACCGUAGCGGCUGCUGCUUUUGCUCAUCUGGAGGCCAAGUUGCUGCUUGCUCUCAAGCUUUGUCAGUCGGAGGGACAUGUGAUUCGGCAAGUUGUGGUCAGUGGAGGCGUAGCUAGCAACACGCUCUUGCGAGAGCGGCAAGCUUCUCUCCCUUGUUGUGCAGUCGCGUUUAUAUCUUCGAUAGACAACGCUGCCAUGAUAGCUUGGGCGUCUAUGCACCGCUUCCUCGCCGGUGACCACGACGACUAUUCGAUCCAUCCUGUUCCGUCAUGGAGUCUCCAGGACAUUCUCAAUCCCCCAGAGCCUCUACCUCCAAGUAUCGGAGUGAAACCAGCAGUCAAGCUGGACGUUUGA